UGACUCUCGCGAUUAGUUUUUUUCUCUCUGUGUUAAACUUUUAAACGACGCUGUUUUGGAUUCGAGUUAUUAAUUUACUUGAAAAGUGUUCUUAACUGACAAUAUUUCGGCAUCUGUAAAUCAUUCCGCUAUUUUAUGGCACCUUUUAAAAAACGAUCUAAACCAGAAACUUUUCCAAAUGAAGAAUCAAAUUCUAAGCGAAGGAAUGUCUUUGAGGAUCUUGUUUUGUCGCAACAAGACGGUUAUAACUUUCGAUGUGGAAAAAUAAUUCGAAUUCAUUUGACGAACUUUAUGUGCCAUUCGAAUCUUGUAAUAAGCUUCAGCGAUCGAGUUAAUUUCCUUGUUGGAAACAAUGGCAGUGGUAAGAGCGCCAUCCUUGCAGCUUUGGUGUUGGGACUUGGAUCUAAAGCCAGUAAUACAAAUCGUUCGCAGAAUAUGCAAAUAUAUGUUAUUUACAGAAUUCAUUAAAACUGAUGAGACAUUUACAAAUAUUGAAAUUGAAAUAUCGAAUUCUGGAGUCGAUGCUUUUAAUUAUGAGACAUAUGGUGACAAAAUAAUAAUAAUUCGACACAUAACUGAAAAAACCUCCUGUUAUCGAAUCAAAAAUGCACAAGGAACAGUUGUUUCAAAAAAGGUUGAUGACUUACAUAAAAUCAUAUUAUACCACAACAUACAAGUUGAAAAUCCUGUUUUUGUUUUAAAUCAAGAAAAUGCUCGAGUAUUUUUAAAAGACCUUGAUCCCUCCAAAAACUAUGAAUUAUUCAUCAAAGCAACUCAAAUUGAAAUUAUUGGCGAGAAAUUAAAUGAUUGCCUUCGUGCUUCUAAACUUCAAUCAUUACAACUGAAUUGUUUGGGUCAGAGAAUAUCACAAUAUAAGGAAGACAUCCGUGAACUUAAAGAAAAACUUGCUAAUUUGGAUUCUAUUGAAAGAGUAAAGAAACUUAUUAAAAAAUGUGAACUAGAAAGGCUAUGGAUAUUAGUUAUAAAUCAGGAAAAAAAAAUACACGAAGUUGAUUUUUCGAUAGAAAAGCUAAUAUCUCAAAAAAAUGAAUAUGAGAACAGGCUGCAAAAUAAAGAAUCAUUUGAAACAGAAAGUAAAAAUGCCUUAAGUGAGAUUGAAACUAAUUUGCAAGAGAAAAGAAGAAUAUAUGCUGAAGAAAACCUUAAAUACUUAUCCUUAAAAAAUAAAAUGGUAGAAAAUAAUGAUCGCUUCAAUGAAUUAAAUGCAGGUGUUGAAAGUUUAAAUAAGAAAAACUUUUUUGUUAAAACACAAAUUGACAAAUUAAAUGAAUAUAUUGCCCAAAAAGCCUCAGAUAAUCGUGUGAGUGUACAAGGUCUUCGAACGUCGAAUGAAAAAGAACUUAGUGGACUACAGCAACAGAGAAAAGAUGUUACAGCUAUUCUUGAAGGAACUAAACGUGAUGUUGAACUAUUAUCCGAAAACAAGGGACGGAUUGACCAGAAAAUUGAAGAUCUAAAAAAGAAUCAAUAUCGUCUACAAGAAGAAGCGCGAAACAUUCAAUCUCAAAUAAACAACAUAAAUGCAAAUUCUAAAGAUGCUCUUUCGAUCUAUGGAGAGCAUGUCAGUCGCAUUGUACUUACUAUUAAUAAGCUUUAUCAGGAGAAGCAAUUUAGUGAGAUGCCACGUGGCCCCCUAGGCCGAUAUAUUGAAGUUGUUGAUGAAAGAUUUCGAAAUGCGGUCGAAAAUCAAUUAGGUGGUUUGAUAAAUAGUUUUGUUGUGAGUAACAACAGAGAUUAUAAAAUAUUGGAAAAUGUUCUAAAAAAACAUCAAAAUUUCAAUCCAACUAUCAUUACUACCAAGUUCAUGAACAAAGUUUAUGAUGUAUCAAAAGGCAUAGUUAGUCCUCCUCAUGGGACUAAGCUACUUAUGGACCAAAUACGUUGUUGUGAUACUGUGGUCCUUAACUGUCUUAUCGAUCGCGUUUCAAUUGAAAGUAUUCUUCUUACCGAAAGUAAAGAAGUUGCAGAAAAAUUUACAUCCACCAUUAAAAGUGUUCCAAAAAAUCUAAGAAAAAUUAUACUGAUUAAACCAGGCCUUGAAUACUGUCCAGAGCCUUCGUAUCGAAUUUAUUCACUUAAAAUUCAGCCCGCUCGGUUUAUACAAGUUGACAUUCGUGAAAGAUUAUAUCAAUUGGAGCUGGAAAUGAAAUCAUGUAGAGAAGAAACUAAUCUAUGUGAGUCGAUGUUGCGAGAGUUAAAUUCACAGUUACAUUUAGCAGCACAAAAUAUUAAAACAAAUAGAAAUUUGGUUGAAAAGCUCGAGUAUACAGAAAGGGGCUUGUGUGAGCGAAUACACGAGUUAGAAUGUUUUCAAUAUCCAGCUUGCAAUGAAAUGGAUCUUUUGACAAAUGAAUUACAAGAGUGCAAAACAAAGGUCUCCCAAACUGAAAAAAAACUUGAAGAGAAAAUCAAAGAAGCAUCUGAAACGAAAAUUGAACUAAGAGGAAUCAAAGAAGAGCUUAAAGAGAAAAAAGUUUCCUUAAAUGCGAUCGAAACUGAAAUUAAUCAAAUAAAAAGCAAAUCAGAUGACAUACGUGUUAAUUUAUCGAAGUUUAUGCAUAAUGUGCGAGCCAUGGAAACUGAACUUAAAGAAACGGAUUCAUCUGUUCAAGAACUCGAGGGACAAAGAAAAUUAAUGGUUCAAACUCUUGUUGAGUUAUGUUCUGACGCGGAAAAAUGUGGUUCACGUAUUGAUUCCCAGCGGCCAGAAAAAGAUAUAAACGAAAUAAUUCGAAAACUCAAGAAUGAAAUCAAACAUAAAAGCCAAAGCAAAGAAAGUCCAAAAGAAUUGCACACAUUAAUAGAAGGUAAAUCACAAACAUUGUCUAAAAAUGAGGAGCUCUAUUUAUCUGUAAAAGAAACUCUGGAAAUGUUGAAUGACUCUCGCAUUAAAAGAUUUCGAUUUAUAAAACAUUUAAAACGCCAUAUGGCAAUGAAGGUGAUAUUUACUUUUCAGGGUAUACUUAGUUAUCGUCAAUUCACCGGUGAUAUAUCAAUCGACCACGACGAACGUAAGCUAACUUUGUCCAUUUUUCCAAGAGACCAUGGCUUGGAAGGAUCUAUUUCAAGUACAAAAGCUCUAUCUGGCGGAGAAAGGUCUUUUUCGACGGUUGCAUUUCUGCUCUCACUAUGGUCGUGUGUAGAUCAUCCGUUUUAUUUAUUGGACGAAUACGACGUAUUCACAGAUGAAGUUAAUCGUGAGGUCAUGACACAAAUGCUUUUAAAUGAAGCUGAAGCUAAACCACAAAGGCAGUACACAUUCCUUUCACCACAAGAUAUGGCAUUGGAGACAAAAGACUACAUAAAAAUUCACAGAUUGGCAGAUCCAACACAAUAAAAGGACAAUAAGGAACUUUCAAUUAUUAAAAAUUGAAACAACAUACAUUAUUUUUCAUUUCCGUACGAAUAUAUACUUUUUUCAAUUUUUAGUGUUAUACAAAAAUAGAAUAAUUAGAAGAACAUAUUUGUAAUAUUCUUAAGUCAAACUGUUUUUGUGAAAAAUAAGAUUCAAAUAGGAUUCAUUUUUUUCUGCUAUCUUUAAGUUCAAUUAAUGAGCGAUGUGACAGUUUUGAUUUGAUCGUUCUGCUUUCUUUUUUUGUUUUGCUAACUUGUUCUUAUCAACUGCAAUAAAAUCUGCAUUAUCGUCUGUUAACGAAAAGAGAAUUUAUAAAAUGGAAAUAAAGCUUUCGAAUAUUGAAGAAACGAUUCUCAAACUGUUGUCGAAAAAAUAAGCAUUUGAAGGCAUACACAAAUCCAAAGUAUUUGGUAUGCCUUCAAAUGCAUUGAAUUGAACUUGAAGAAAUAAAAUAAAAAAACAACCUACAUUUUUUGUUUAAAUAAAAUGCUCACUUUUUAAUAAAAUAAUAAUCUAAUUUUCUCAAUUUUA